GUGUGUGUGUGUGUGUGUGUGUGUGUGUGUGUGUGUGUGUGUGUGAAGAGGAACCACGCAUGCGAGCACAGGAGAACUGAGAGGCUACCUGAGAAUUUGGUUGCAUGAUGGCCUCACAGGGUUCUUUGCUGAAGAGCGUUCUUUGCAGCUAAAGUCAUAUAUCUCAGUAUGGAAGCGCGAGGGAGAAGGCAAGAAUGAGAAACUCUGACGACACAGGAAUCUAGCACUCGCACAGUCAUUAGACCAAAAUCACGGACUGAUUUGUUUUUUACUGAAGUGCUGUAUGAUGUUUCUGCUGGCUGUUCUGUGCGUGUUGUACAUCUGGAGUCCAGCAACUCUGACCGGCGGAUUGGGAUCGACACCGAAUACCAUACCUCGCAAAACAGUGCCAAUUAGAAGUAAUGGAGGACGUUUGUUUCGUGAGGAGGGUGUUUGGAACUACACCACUAUGCUUCUGAGGGAAGAUCUCAACAUGCUCAUCCUCGGUGCCAGGGAAGCCAUUUUUGCCCUCGACCUUGAUGACAUUACAGUCAAAAAGGCCAUGGUGAAUUGGCCAGUCACAAAUAAGGAGCAAAAAGACUGUUCCAAUAAGGGAAAAGAUGCUGCGAAUGAUUGCAAAAAUUAUAUCAGAAUUCUUCAUAAAAGAAACGAUCACAGAAUGUAUGUUUGCGGAACCAAAGCAUUCAUCCCAACCUGUGACUAUAUGUCCUAUGCAGAUGGUAAUCUGAAUUUAGAGGGCAAACAAGAAGAUGGGAAGGGGAAAUGUCCCUUUGAUCCUGCUCAGCGAUACACAUCAGAGAUUGUUGAUGGAGUACUGUACUCUGCAACUUCAUUGAACUUCCGGGGUUCAGAGCCGGUUAUGAUGCGCAGCUCAGAGGAAUCCAUACGGACAGAGUUUUCGAACACCUGGCUCAAUGAACCACAUUUUAUCCACAUGGCCCAUAUACGAGAGGGAGAAUCAAACCCUGAGGGGGACGAUGACAAGAUCUAUCUGUUCUUCAGUGAGACAGCAGUGGAAUAUGACUCAUACACCAAGGUGGACGUCUCUCGAAUAGCUCGUGUGUGCAAGGGUGACUUGGGUGGGCUGAGGACGCUGCAGAGGAAGUGGACUUCAUUUCUAAAAGCGAGGCUCGACUGUCCCAUUCCAAACAACAACCUUCUGGUCCAGGACGUGUUCCACUUGUGCCCCGGCGACUGGACCACCUGCGUGUUUUAUGCAGUCUUUACCCCACAAUUAGACUCUUCUCAGUACUCUGCGGUAUGUGCAUACAAAAUUGAAGACAUCCAGACUGUGUUCUCAAAGGGCAAGUUUAAGGCUCCUGUUCCCGUUGAGACGUCGUUCGUGAAGUGGCUGAUGUACUCGGGUGAUGUCCCUGAUCCCCGACCCGGAGCAUGCAUUGAUAAUCAUGCCAGAAAAAUGGGUUUCACCAAAUCUCUGGAUCUCCCAGACAAAACCUUGCAGUUUAUUAAAGACAAGCCUCUGAUGGACCAGGCCGUCAAGGCCAAUGGAGAGAAACCCCUGCUGGUGAAAAGAGGCACUGCUUUCACUAGAAUUGUGGUGGCCACAGCAAUGGCCUUGAACAGGGCCAGCCAUCAAGUCAUGUUCAUCGGCACAAAGAGCGGCUCAGUGCUGAAAGCUGUGAAUUAUGACGGCGAGAUGGUCAUUAUGGAAGAGAUUCAGCUAUUUGAGCCCUCAGAGCCAGUGAAGAUACUGCGACUUUCCAACACCAAGCUGUACGUGGGUUCGGAGGUGGGCGUGGUUCAGCUGUCCAUCAGUGAAUGUGGGCGGUACCACACGUGUCUGGACUGUGUUCUGGCCAGGGAUCCGUACUGUGGCUGGGACCUCAAUGCUGACCAGUGCUCUACCAUAAACAGCACACACAGAACCAGAACCAGCACCAUGAUUCAGAGUUUGAGUGAUGGUGAUGCCAGCCGAUGUCCACAAACAGAUAACAGUAAGUCAGUCAGCGUCUCGUUUUUCCACGACAAUACUGUGAAGCUGUGGUGCCAGCCUUAUUCCAACCUGGCUCAGGUCCAGUGGCAGCUGAAUGGACAACCCAUCAAAGCAUCAAACACCUUCCAGAUCCUCUCCGACAGCCUGAUGAUCUUCAAUGCCUCUGCAGACGCCAGCGGCCGCUACACCUGCAGUUCUGUAGAGCGGAAUUACAAAACCCAGCAUGUAGCGUAUGAUCUAAAAAUGUGGUCAGCAUCCGGGACUGGAGCAUUACUACAUGACGUUAAGGAAAAAGAAAACACACUUGUGGCCAUGGUGGUGGUAUUGUCACUAAUUCUAGCUAUGCUAGUCAUUUGGAACCUGUGCAAAGGGCAUUUACCUUUGCCGUUUUGCCACAGGAGGGUAAAGGACACAGCGAACAGGUGCGAACAAAGUCUGUAUGAGAACCAGCCUCCAGAACAUAAACUAGCAUCAUCAACGGAGAACUUGAACAGCAACAACAACCAUGUGAAUGACCAGAGGUUUUCCAGCUCUCAACUCUCACCCACUGUUGGUUCCUCAGGUCAGAUCUCACUGAAAUACAGAGACGAUGAAUCUGAGAUUUGAGAUUGUUUUUAUGCACAGACUUGCUAAUGUGGCUAAUCAUCAUUUAUAUGCAGACCAUGCCCACUGGUGCUGGUUCCUCUUUUGCAGCUGUUAACUUUUGACUAAACUGCUGUUUUGACCAACUUUUUCUCCUUGAUGAAUCUAUACAUUCACUUCCAAAUGCCAUCAUUCAACCAUCAUACGCCAACAUGUCCAACGGACAAAAAAAGACACUGAAUCAGACUUUUCUGCAUAAGGUCUGUCUACGUUGCAGCUUACUUUGGCCAAGGAUCACCAAAGUACUUUUCAAUGACAGUCAAAUCACUUGGUGGUCAUAUUUGCAACGCCACCGGGCAGCUAUUUCAGUCAUGCAAAACCAACUCCUAUCUGCCUGAUUGGGG